UUUCGUUGUAAUCCAAUGGUAAAUGCGUAAAGUACAUCCUUUACUAAACCCAGGAAUGGAUAUCAUUGUAUCACUAAACGACCAGCGUUUAAUAGACUGUCUUUGGCGGGAGCCCUGAGACCCUGACACACUGUCUGUUGGACAGUUGCGCAUCGUUGAUAGUUAAAAGAGUUUCGGAUCACCACAGUAAUGGGGUUUGGGUUUAAACCUUUCUGAAAAUUUGCACCGUUAGAUCCAUUUUAGACGACCUGCUACAGGAAUGAUUUAGGGUUCUCUGCAUUUCACUGCAAGUUUUUACCUUUUCAACAACCUCAGGUCCUCUUAAGUCCUCAAGUUCCUCCCCUCUCUCUUACUGCAACCCCUUCAGGUCAUUUUUGUUAUCGUCCCUGCUCGGCUUUAGACAUUCAGAACUCGGCAGAGAUGGUGAGAGCUCCCAAUGAGAAGAAGACCAAUUUAAUCCCUCCUGAGAAGAACCCUGAAUUUUUCAAGAUAUAUCUCCCUGACCACAGCUCUCAAAGAUUGAAGAUACCGCCAGCUUUUUUAAACCACUUCAAUGGAUUGAUACCCAACAAGGCUAUCUUACGAAGCCGUAAGGGGAGAAUUUGGCAUGUGGAGCUGGAGCAAGUUGACAGCAACUUGUUUUUUCAGGACGGGUGGAAAGGAUUUGUGAAAGAUCAGUCUUUAAAACUUGGAGAGUUUUUAGUUUUCAUAUAUGAUGGCAAUUCGGUGUUCGAUGUUAAAAUAUUUGGUAUAAAUGGAUGUGAGAAGCAGGAAACAUUGGUUUAUAAGAACUACGACCAGGCAGCUUCGAAUCUAAAGAAGGAAGAACAACCAGAAUCAGAGGAAAUCAUAAACAACUACACCCCUUUCAAGCAAAAGUUUCCUGAAUUGAGGGGCAAGAGAAUCAGAAGACCAAAAUAUGGAUCUCGUCGUGCAAAGAUAAUAGAAGAGAUGGUGCUUAAAGCAGCUGGCUUUGCUAAACCUAAGAAUCCAUAUUUUGUGGCAUCAUUUUUGCCAGGAAGGCCGUACGAGUUGUUUAUUCCGAGAGAACUAGUAACUAAACAUCGUCUCAAAAUAAUGUCUGAAAUGACCCUACGUGAUCCAAGCGGAAGGAAUUGGAGUGUGAAAACAAGUCGAUGGAAGGAUGGUCGGAUAUCUUUGUCGAAAGGGUGGUCAAUUCUCUGCAAGGAAAACAACCUGGGUAUAGAUGAUAAAUGCAUUUUUGAAUUUAUUGAAGGAAGAGGCAGAAAGUUUGGUAUUAUACAAGUACACAUUAUUUGGGCAGGGGCAGGAACUUCAGUACCAAACAUCAAAGCAAAACAGGAAGCAAGUUUAAGGACAGGUGAUCUAUGUACAGCGCUUACAAAUUCCGUAAAUCUUCUCGACUGAUAGUGAGGGUAACAGAUACCUUGCUAUUGAAGUUGUGAUAUCAGAUGUGUGUGAAUGUAGCUUGAAUGCUUGUGAUGCUUACUUGAGUUUAUUGGCAUUAAGCUUCACUAGCAAUUUGCAGAUUAGCUUCCCUUCCCUUGACUAGAAUAUGAAACAAAUUGAGGUGCUUCUGGACUGGAGUUUUUGAAUUUGGAUGGAAUAUUUGAUUGCGCUUUAGCUUGUUGUUUGUGGCGCUUUGCUUGUUCAUAUAUUCUGUAAUUUAAGCUUAUUGUUGAAUGAUAUCCAGAUUAUUUAGAACACAGAUUUGGAGA